AUGGCCAACCAACUGUAUGAGACAACAUACACCAGAUCGGUUGGAUGCAGGCCAGUGGCUGGCCCCCAGAUCCUAUGGCUCUACGAGGUGGAGAAGAACGAGGCCAAGAGGGACGCAAUCGAGAAGCUAUGCAGCGAAGCCGGCAGAAGAAAACGCUUCCCUCUGGUAUGGAUCCGAAAGGGCGACCAUUCAGAGACGGUAGUCUGGGAAGUCUCGGAGGAGGGCACUCUCGUCAAGACGAUCGAGAAGCGUGCAUCGCAUAUCACCGCCUUGAUGGGGAGGAGCGAAGAGUUCGAAUACGCGGCACAUAUAUUAGGUACGUGGAAGAUGAUCCGGAUGACAGCGCCUGCACUAUCCCACGUCGUCUGGCGGAUCCGCUGCAGGGAGAAUCCCAUCGAGAUAGGCAGUUUUUGA